AUGGUCCCAAAUGAAACAAAUGAAAUAAUAAAAGGAAUUAUUAAACAAGAAAUACAAAAAUUACCAAAUUUUUUUAUUGACAAAUUUCGUCAAUAUAUAAAAACAUCAUCGAAUAAAAAUAGUCAAAUGAACAUAAUUCAUAUUAGUAAAUCGUUGAUUAAAGAUAAAUAUAUGAAAUUGGAUGAUAUUCUCAAUAUUGAAGACUUAAUUAAUAAUCACAAAAUGUUUGGUAAUGAUAUUUUUGAUUUAAUAUUUAUUGAAUAUAAAAAUGGACAUGAAAUUUCAAAAAAUAUUAUUGAUAAAGUUAAAAAUGCUGGAAAAACAAAUGAACAUGCACGAAAUUUAAUAAAAUUAAUUGAAAAAACUUAUACAAAUAUUGAUAUAUUAAGAAAUCCAAGAAAUGAUUUAGAAAAACGUAAAAAUAACGGGUACGGCAGAUUAAAUUGCCGGUUUUUGAUAGGCUUUUUUCUCAAAUUAGACUUGAUCAGAAGGUUGGGUUCUGAUGCUAAAAGAUAG